CAAGCGCUGGAGGGAGAAAGACGACUUAAUGGAGUACUUCCACCAACAUAACCGCUUCCCGGCCGAUGACUAUAUCGAGACCCAAGUGACGCCGAAGAAUCCGCUGGAGUUUCUGAAUAUUUUUGUUCCGUUGGGGGCGCUGGCUCUGGUGCUUAAUGUUAUUGGGAAGAUGUGGGAUAUUGUCCUGCACACCUUGCGAAUCAGAUAGAUGAGCGAGCUUUGGCCUGGCCGAGAAUAUGCCACAGCGGAGUGGGGAUCCCAAUGGGAUAGGGACAUUGCACGUUGGCGCUGAAGAGACGGUUGGAUGUUAUCUUUUACUUUUGUCCUAUCCCUUGCGACGAGGUGUUGGGUGCUUGCUGUGGGCUUUCACUUUUUGAAUGGCGUCUGCGGCAUCUCACCACUUGGAAAGACCUGUAUACCCAGUUUCUGGAACUUUUGCUUGUCUAUUCUUAUUCUUUCGCAUGCGGUUUGUCCCCUCUUGUUGAUAAUUUUGGCCCAUCAUAGCACAUGCCUUUAUUCAUUAGUUUUUGGCGAGCAGCGACUGCGACAUACUUCGGCUUGCACUUGUGAGGGCUCGUCCAGCAUACAUUGUCGACAACGAUCUACAUGGGACAGACUCAGGACUCCGGAAUCUCUGAAUUUCCAUUCGAUGUCAUUUCCAUCUUCAGAAACCCGCCCGCAUAGUCAUCCUUCGACCGCGCGAGAACAACCCGUCCGCCUAGGCCGAGGCUUCCUAUACAGGAGUCGAAGACGAAGAGGAGGGGAAAUCUACCUUAAUAACACAGGACGCAACCCCACACGCCGCCAGCAUGCACUUGCUGCGGAAAAAGAAGCGAAGAAGGCAAGAUGCCGCCAUGAAAACCUCCAUAAAUCAUCAUCCAUGUGUGGAAGAAAGUUCCAGUGGCAUGAAGAGUGACCGCAGCCCAUGUAGAAGUCGCCUGAAAACGCCCGCCCUGCCGCCAACGCCGUCCAUCUUCCAAAACAAUCCAGCUUAUAGGAAUCUGAUACUGGAGACGAGCUCGCGCUGAACGA